UUGUCCCUGAGUGUCGUGCUUCAACAACUUCUCCAACACCAGGAUGAAAUCCAUCAGCUACAGACCGAGAUGGCGGCUAAAGAUCAGCGGUUUCAGGUCGAAAUGCAACAUCUCCGAAGCGAAAUGGCCACCAUGGAACAAGACAUGCGGGCAGAGAUGCAGCAGCUUGAAGAUGAGAUGAUGGCUAAAGACCAAAGGAUCCAAGUCUUGGAACAGCGGGACUACAUCAAACGCUGUGAAACCGGAGCGUUGGCCACUAACCCCUACAACGUCCUGGCCUCUGGCUACGGCUACCGCUACAACUACCAGACAGUCAACUUCAGCAGGGCCUUCCGUAAGACCCCUGUGGUGACCAUCGGCUUGACGGUGCUGGACCACGCUCAUGACGUCACCCUUCGAGUCCAGACGGACGUUACCGACGUAUCGACAACACGUCUGACGGUGCGUUUCGGUGCCUGGGAAGAUGCGAAGCUGUAUUAUGCUAGGCUGUACUGGAUGGCAUGUGCAUGAUGUGUGACGUACUUAAAUCCACAAGUACUGAUUGCGUCAUUGCAAGGCUUUUGUUUAGUCAAACGAGUUCAGACUUGUAACCCGACGUGUUUCAAAAAUACAUCAAUUCUCCUUGAAUGAUUGUGGGCAUCCGAUUAAAACAUACGACUCCAUGAAAAC